AUGUCCGUCGCUUUAUUCGAUUGCACCUCCGCGUACGACACCACCACCGCGGAGUAUUCCGCGGUUGUCAGGGAGGAGGCAGCCAGGGCAACGAGGACUGUUUAUGCCUCCGUGUUUUUCGGAGAAAACUACCUGGCGUGCGGAAGCAGCAGUGGCUCUCUCUCCGUGUUCAACUUGGAUGACGUCCUGCGCGAGCAGAGGGGCAGCGGAGGGGGCACAUCGAGCCCAGACCCAUCGCCCCGCCCCUCGCUCGUAGUCCCCGACGCGCAUCGCGGAGCUGUGUACUCGGUGAUUGCGUUCACUCUGCAAGGAUCGGAGAUGCUCUGCUCCGCGGGGGAGGACGGGCGGAGCGUGCUGUGGCGAGCCUCAGACCUCAUCGCGGCCGCGAACGCGAAAGCGACUCGGUCGGAGAGGACAGUGGCGGUGACCCCAGCGGGAGAGUUCAAGAACCCCCAGGAGAGCAAGGCGAGGGGCGCGUUAGGACCCGUCCCGGAGACGACGGCGCUCGCGGUCGAUCCCACCCGAGGGACGCUCCUGUCCGCCGCGGGAGAUGGCGUGUGCUACGGUUGGGACCUCGGCGAAGGUCGCGACGCGCCCGCGAUGCGUCUGCGGGGGCACAACGACCUGCUGCACUGCGUCGCGGCGCGUGUAGGCGCGAACCAGGCGGUGACCGGGUCCGAGGAUGGGACGGCGAGGAUCCACGACCUGAGGUCCGAGACGUGCUCCCACGUCAUCGACGUGUGGCGCGCCAAGGAGGGGAAAAGCGGAGGGCACGGGAGCGGCGCGUGGGUCGGGUGCGUCGCGCUGGACAAGGCUGAAAACUGGGCGGCGAUGGGAUGCGGCGGCGGUUGCAUCACCAUGUGGUCGUUUGCGGCGGGGGCUUGCGCUUCGAGGGUGCCAACCGCUGCGCCGCCGCAGGCGCUGAGACUGACGGGCCAGCACGUCAUGGCGGCAGGGGCGGAACCCGCGGUGUACAGGUGGAACCUCGCGGGGGAGCAGAUAUCGAGGCAGCCGUGCACUCCGAAGAGCGUGUUCACGCUGGACCUGCAGCCUCAAAGGAGUUUGACCGCCGUGGGAGGGACGGGCGGAAGCGUAGACAUAUUCAGCGAGUUGGGCACCAGGGUCACCACCCUGAGGUGCCUUUGA